UUUUGCUCCACGGUUCCACCCUCUCACUCAUUGCUCCCAAAGACGAAGCCGCUGCGCCCGCCUCUGCUGCACUAGGCACUAGGGGCUGCCGGCGAGAGCAGGCUGUGCCGGUGCAUGCAACGCCGCUCGAAAAAGCCGCACGCCACGCACCGAUCCAUUCCAUCCAUCCCAAGGGCAGUCCCUCCGGUACCAUGGAGUUCGGCUUCCGCGCCGGCGACCGCAGGCCGCGCUGCCCUUCCCCCGGCCCCGACCGACGCUUCACACCACCGCGAGGUAAGUAAAAGCGCCCUUCCAUUCCAUCCAGAGAUCGAUCGAGACCGCAGACUUGCUGCCUCUGAAAGUCCCCGCUCCCGCGCAGCCGGGCCCUUCCAUGGCGAGCCGCCGCCGCUCGAGUGGGAGGCCGCGGCGCGGCGCGAGCGGAUCAUCCGCGAGGAGGUGGAGCGGCGGCUCAUCGAGGAGGAGGUCUGCCGCGAGCUCGCCCUUGCGCGCGCCCGCUUCCACGGCGGUUACGGCCCCGUCCCGUUCGUCGGGCCCGACGGCCUCGUCGUGCCGCCGCCACCCUCAGGCCCGUUCUACAUGCCCGACGGCCCAUUCCCGCCGCCAAUGCCGCUGCCCCUGAUGCCGGUGGGCAUGCAUCCGAACCGGCCGCCACCGUCUUUGUUCGGAUCGUGGGAGGGGUUCGGCCCUCGCCGGCUCCCGGGAUUUGGGCAACCGAUGCACCCCAAUGAGACGAGAACCGGGGCCCUGCCGCCGCCGAAGCCGAGGCAUCAGCUCCAGCUGCGCGAGAGCUCUGAGGUUCUUUCAUCAGAAGCGAAUGUUUCUGGUGUGAAGAGGAAGGCAGAUGCGAGUUCUGCAACUACUAAACCAACAAAACUACAAAAUGCGAGUUCUGCAACUACUGAACCAACAAAACUACAAAAUGCUGCCAGGGACUGGAGCUGUGCACUCUGUCAAGUGAGUGCAACCAGUGAGGCUGGUCUGAAUCAACAUAUUCAAGGGAAAAAGCACAAGGCAAAGCUGGUUCAAUGUGGAGCGAUCAAGGUGAAGGAUACUAAGAAAAGUGGUUUGCAAGUAACUACUGGGAACAACAAUGGUGCAAGCCCAAGUGAUGCACCUAAGAAAAUCCACAUCCUAGUCGACGGAGAAAUGCAUCAGGUUGUUCAGAAGAGCAACUGUGUACGUUGUGAGCGCUGCAGGGUCAGUUGUACCAACGCUGCUGCUAUGGCUGACCAUCUGCGGGGCAAGAAGCACAGUUUCUUGAAUAAAGUUUGGACGUCAAUAAAAGCUGUGAGAAUGAACAAGGAAGAUUCAGCUGCUACAUCUACAUGUGAGAGAAAGGUAAAUGAAGACGGACCUGCUGUAAUUCCAGAGGAACUUAAGGAGGAAGACACAUACAUGACCAGUGAAUUAUGUGGAGAUGGUUCUUUCGAGAUUCCUAUGGAAAUGAAGGAAACCACUGACAAGGAAAGUAAGGAAGAUUCAGCUGCUACAUGUGAGAGAAAGGUAAAUGAAGACGGACCUGCUGUAAUUCCAGAGGCACUUAAGGAGGAAGACACAUACAUGACCAGUGAAUUAUGUGGAGAUGGUUCUUUCGAGAUUCCUAUGGAAAUGAAGGAAACCACUGACAUGGCCGAAGAAGUAGAUGCAAAUAGUCACAAUGUAAUUCCUAUGGAAAUCAAGAAGGAAGACACUGCUAGCGAGGUUAAUGGAAAUUGUGCCGUGGAAACCAAGCAGGAAGGCACUGACGUGGAUGUGGUCAUGGAUGUAAAUAAGAACUUUCUGUUGAAAGUCCAUCAGAAAUCAAGAAAUAAGGCAAGUAAAAUUUUUCUGUCGAAAGUGCAUCAGAAAUCAAGAAAGAAGGCAAGUAAGAAAUUUCUGUUGAAAUUGCAUCAGAAAUCAAGAAAGAAGGCAAACAAGAAUUUUCUGUUGAAAGUGCAUCAGAAACCAAGACCAACGAAAUGGCUCGGGAUUCGGGAAGUAAAUGAGAACAGCUCUAUUGAAAUUCCAGCUGAGGAAAAACAUAUGACGAAACCACAGAUGCAGCCAACUGAUUCGACAGAACCUGCGCGGAAGGAGGAAUAACACGUUGCAUCAGUGUUUUUCUUUUGUUAACAAUAGCAUUAUGCGAUUACAAUGCCCGAGUUUUAGUAUCAUGUGGAUCUAACGAUUUUGUCAGGGGCAAUGUCUAAGCAGGUUGGCUACUUGUGAUAAAUUUUAGAAUACAUCCAUAUUGUGUAUUAAUGUUGAGGAGGUUGUGUAGUUUUCAGGUCUGAUGCAUGUAUGGUUUCAGAUCCCCUGCUGCGGGUGUGCAGGGUGAUGUAAACUUGGGCCUUGUUUAGUCCUCUCGGUCGGUGCAAAGUUUUAGAUAGGUUGUUUUUU